UCUCAGCGGAUGGGAGUAGUGCCGCUCGCAGACAGGAGACAGGAUCCAUGGCAACAAUCAUGGCAGAGGCAGAGACUCGCCAGAGGCUGCUGCGCACCGUCAAGAAGGAGGUGAAGCAGAUUAUGGAGGAAGCUGUAACAAGGAAAUUUGUUCACGAAGACAGCAGCCAUAUUGUGUCCUUCUGUGCUGCAGUGGAGGCAUGCGUCCUCCACGGGCUGAAACGGAGAGCAGCAGGCUUCCUGCGUAGCAACAAAAUAGCGGCACUCUUCAUGAAGGUGGGGAAGAGCUUCGUCCCGGCGGAGGAUCUGUGCAGAAAGGCCCAGGAGCUGGAGCAGGUCAUGGAGACAAAACGAAGUCAAAGCAUGCAAAGUCAAGACGGUUUACGCAAGAUGCCUCGCCUGCCCAGCCUCAGCCCGCAGGGAGUCAAGAACCUGUGGAUCCGGACGGCUUUAUUUGAGAAAGUGCUGGACAGAAUUGUCCUCUACCUGGUGGAGAACAGCAGUAAAUAUUAUGAGAAAGAGGCUGUUCUAAUGGACAAUGUGGACGGACCUAUCCUUGCCUCUUUGUUAGUCGGACCUUGUGCUUUGGAGUACAGCAAGAUGAAGACAGCCGACCACUUCUGGACCGACCCCUCUGCUGACGAGCUGGUGCAAAGGCAUCGUAUCCACGGGGGCCACUGCCGACAGGAUUCUCCCACUAAGAGGCCCGCACUGUGUAUCCAGAAGCGGCACUCCAGCAGCAGCAUGGACGAACGCCCUUCCCCCUCACCAUCAGCUCGUGAAUAUGUGGAGUCGCUGCAUCAAAACAGCAGGGUGACCCUACUGUUUGGCAAAAACAAUGUGCUCGUACAACCGAGGGAUGACAUGGAGGCUAUCCCAGGUUACCUCUCUAUGCACCAGAAUGCUGACCUCAUGACCCUGAAGUGGACCCCCAACCAGCUGAUGAACGGCUCUGUUGGAGACCUGGACUACGAAUGCAGUGUAUACUGGGACUAUGCAAUGACCAUCCCUCUCGGGGAGAUAGUUUACUUGCACUGUCAUCAACAAGUUGACAGUGGGGGGACGGUGGUGCUGGUCAGUCAGGAUGGGAUCCAGAGACCUCCACUUCGCUUCCCAAGAGGAGGCCACUUGCUCCAGUUCCUCUCCUGCCUGGAGAACGGCCUGCUUCCCCACGGACAGCUGGACCCCCCCCUGUGGUCCCAGAGGGGAAAGGGGAAGGUGUUUCCGAAGCUGCGGAACAGGGUUCCUCAGGGAUCUGGAUCCUCAGACUCGGUCUCAGAUAAGGAGGAGGACGAGGCCACCGACUAUGUCUUCCGCAUCCUCUUUCCAAACAGCCACUCAGAGUUUGUGACUCCUCCAGACUUGGACCAAGGAGCUACAAUGUGGCAUCCCACCCUCAGGAAGUCCUCGUGUUCCUCUUGUUCUCCUGGCAGCUUCUCUGACGGAGCCACGCCUAAGGGGUGCAAUCAUGAGAGGGCUCCUCUGAAGAUGCUGUGCGACAACAUGAAGAAUCAGAUCAUCUCUCGGGCGUUUUAUGGCUGGUUGGCGUACUGCCGUCACCUGUCCACCGUGCGCACACACCUCUCUGCGCUCGUCAAUCACACCAUCGUGGCGCCCGACGUGCCGUGUGACGCCUACAAAGGGCUCACCACAGACGUUUGGCAGACGUUCCUCCAGGACUGCACAGCAUACGAGGAGAAGGACCUGCUCCGCCUGGUGUACUACGGCGGGGUGGAGGCCUCGCUGCGUAAAGAGGUGUGGCCUUUCCUGCUGGGCCAUUACCAGUUUGGAAUGUCAGAAGCUGAGAGGAAGGAGGUGGACGAGAAGGUGCGAGUGUGCUACCAGCAGACCAUGAGUGAGUGGCUCGGCUGUGAGGAGAUCGUCCGGCAGAGGGAGAAGGAGCAGCACGCGGCGGCCAUAGCAAAGUGUUCCUCCGCAGCGAGCAUGGACAGUCCCAGUCAGAAGAUGAUGAGCCACCACAACUCCUCCGUCAGCAAUGAGUCCUCCCAGAGCUCUGACAGGCAGAGUCUGGCUCGCCUGCAGAGUGACUCCAGCAGCAGCACACAGGUGUUUGAGUCCGUGGAGGAGGUUGACCCGAUCGAGACGGAGCCCAAGAGCGAAGAGGCCAAACUGGUGCCAAAGAUACCCAACGGGGCUCUGCAGAACGGGACGAGCUCUCCUGACUCCGGACAUCCUUCUUCCCGCAACUUCUCCGUCACCUCCGGCCUGUCGGAUGGCUCCCUCACAGAGGACAGCGCUGCACCUGAUACUACCCCAAAACCUGCCGCUGUCCCUCAGGCGCCACAGAGCCCAGUCAAACCUGCAGACAGUGAAGGUCUCACAGAGGAGAAAGGUAGCGUGAAGAGCAACCAGGAGGAAGAGGAGAAGGAGAGAGGACAUGUGACCAGAACUGAAGAAAACAUCAAGACUGAGGAGCUGUCGAAUGCCAAGGAAGAGACAAGUCUGCAAGCCAAGACCCAAGAAACCGUUGAUGAGUCUGGAGAAAUUAAAACAGAGAUGCCAGAAAGUGAAGAUAAAGAUGCACUUAAAGGAAUUGAAGGGGAAACGGAGAACGAAGUGCCCGAUGAGGAUCCCACGAUGGUGUCACCAGCUGCUGCCAACGAAUCUAAAGGAGAACUUGUUGAGCAAAGUCUGACUGAAGAAGCAGAAUUAAAUGCUGAGGGAGAGACAGAGAUUAAGAAUAUAGCAGAAACAGAUGUGGAAAAAACGAAGGAAAUGGAUGAAUCAAAGACGAGUAAACCACAAGAGUUUUUGUUGGAAGAAAAGAAAGAAAAUGUAUCUGUCUAUCCAGUGGAUCCCGUGGUUGAGAAGAACCUGAUUUUCCCAGCAGACUUGACAGCCAGAGAAGCCUACUUUUCCUCUCAGAAAGACGAGGCUCGGGUCAUGACUGAGUCUGACGAGUCUCCCUCCGCCAUAGAGAUGGAGGAGAUCCCUAAAGCCAGUUCCAUGGUGCCUUGGAGCAGGAAGGGGCGUUGUGAAGCAGCCCCCCAUCUGGAGCCUGGCCAGGAGGACGAGCAGGGAAAGCCCACUGCAGAGGAGCCAGAGGGGGUGAACCUGUACCCUAACUUUGUCUCUCCGCCUGGACCUGGAGACCCUAAGAAUGAAGCGCCCUCUCAAGAGUCUGGGAGUCCCUUUUCAGCAAGAGCUUUGGACUUGUAUACAUUAAAUCUGCACCGGAUUGAAAAGGAUGUCCAGCGCUGUGACCGAAACUAUUGGUACUUCACUCCCGCCAACCUGGAGAAACUGCGCAACAUCAUGUGCAGCUAUAUCUGGAGGCACCUGGACAUCGGUUACGUGCAGGGCAUGUGUGAUCUGCUGGCUCCACUUCUUGUCAUCCUGGAUGACGAGGCCAUGGCCUUCAGCUGUUUCACUGAGCUCAUGAAGAGAAUGAAUCAAAACUUCCCCCACGGAGGAGCUAUGGAUACCCACUUUGCCAACAUGCGCUCUCUUAUUCAGAUCCUGGAUUCUGAGAUGUUUGAGCUAAUGCACCAGAACGGAGACUAUACCCACUUCUACUUCUGCUACCGCUGGUUUCUCCUAGACUUCAAGCGAGAGCUGGUGUACGAUGAUGUGUUUGCAGUGUGGGAAACUAUCUGGGCUGCCAAGUAUGCCUCUUCUAGCCACUUUGUGCUUUUCAUUGCCCUGGCGCUGGUGGAGAUCUACAGGGACAUCAUCCUGGAGAACAACAUGGACUUCACUGAAAUCAUUAAGUUCUUCAAUGAAAUGGCUGAGCACCACAACACGAAGCAGAUUUUGACCAUGGCCAGAGACCUGGUGUGCAAGGUGCAGAUUCUGAUAGAGAACAAGUGAUUGGGUUCUCUGUCUUCUUUUUCCUUCCAAGUAAAGUGUGAACGGCUGUAGCAGCACAAGAAGAAAACACAUCUGAGAACACACACACACACACACACACACACACACAC